GCAGCUUUGGUGCAUUGACUUAUACCAUAAUGGAGCUUUUCAAGUGUCUGUUUGGUUUGGUGGUUGUUUUUGCCUGUGAUGCGUUUGCCCAGGAUCCCUGGAUGCAACCCCUGCAGAAAAACCAACCUGCUCUUCCUCCUCAGUGGCCGCAGCAACAGCAGAAGGUCCCUCCACCUGAAGCUCCCUUUGAUAAAUGCCAGGUGGAGCAUGCUAACAAAAUCCAGUGUGGAACUGCCGAUAUCACUGCUGAGCAAUGUGAAAACAUAAACUGCUGCUUUGAAGGCAGGCAAUGCUACUACGGGAAAGCAGUGACUGUGCAGUGUACCAGGGAUGGCCAGUUUGUGGUGGUGGUGGCUCAAGAUGCCACUGUGCCCAACAUAGAUGUGGAUUCAGUCAGCCUGCUGGAAACAAAUGACCCCUCCUGUAAUCCUGUCGACGUCACCUCUGCUUUUGCCAUCUUUCAGUUUCCUGUGACUGCAUGUGGCACUAUACUCAAGGCGGAAGAGGGUUUCGUGGUGUACGAGAAUCACAUGUCUUCCUCAUACGAGGUGGGAAUUGGACCCAGAGGAUCGAUCACCAGAGACAGCCAUUUUGAGUUAUUGUUUCAGUGCAAGUAUUCUGGCACAUCGGGGGAAGCUAUCGUCAUGGAGGUAAAUGUUGUUCCUCCACCUGCGCCGGUCGCUGCUGCAGGACCCCUCAGAGUGGUGCUACAACUGGGCAAUGGCCAGUGUUACUCAAAGGGAUGUGUUGAAGAGGCCGUAGCAUAUACCUCCUUCUACGGUCCAGCAGACUACCCACUCACCAAAGUGCUGAGGGAACCUGUCUAUGUUGAGGUGAGCAUCCUGGAGCGGUCUGACCCAAACAUCGUCCUGAACCUGGAGCACUGCUGGGCCACUUCCAACCCCAAGCCCCAAAGCUUUCCACAGUGGGACCUCCUGGUUGAUGGGUGUCCCUACUAUGAUGACCGUUACUUGACCACAGUGUUGCCUGUCGAUGGCUCCUCUGGGCUGCCUUACCCUACGCACCACAAACGUUUCAUUGUUCAAAUGUUCACGUUUGUGGAUCAAAACAACUAUUCUACUCACAAAGAAAUGGUGUUCCUCCAUUGUACAACGGCUGUGUGUUAUCCCAGCAGCACUAACUCCUGUCAACAGCCAUGCCAUCGGCAACGAAGAGCUGUAUCUGCGGUGAAGAAAGUUCCUUCAAGUCGGACAACUCUGGUCUCAAGUGGAGAGGUGAUCCUGACUGAGCAGAGGCCAUCUGCUCCCAACACCAAGAGAUGAAAAGCCACCGGAAGCAAAGUGUGAAUUCCUCUUUUAAUAAAGCUUGUCAAAAGCUCAUAAUUGCAACA